AGGACAUUUCCUCAACUGUUAUCCAAACUAUAAGUAUAGUAAUUGUUUAUCUCAAUUAACCUUCAUCUCUCUCACACUCCUCACUCUGGUCACUGUCUUAGGAACCCUAGAACAGCAACCCAGAUACACUAUUCCCAGACACACACACACACAAAACCCAAACAAUUAACCUUGGAUCUGCAAAGCAACCACAAAGAGCCAUGGAUUCAAAUAUUCAAGACUUUAUAGACACAUGUAACUCCGACAACACCUGCAACCUCAUCGCCAAUAGCACCACCACCAACUUAACCACUAGUGCCACCUCUUCCUCCUCCGCUGCUUCCACCUCCAUCGCCAGCAGCAGCCGCUACGAGAACCAGAAACGCCGUGACUGGAACACCUUUGGCCAAUACCUCAAGAAUCACCGACCCCCUCUCUCCCUCUCAAGGUGCAGCGGUGCACAUGUCCUCGAAUUCCUAAGGUACCUGGAUCAAUUUGGGAAGACGAAAGUGCACACACCGAUCUGCCCCUUUUACGGGCACCCGAACCCUCCAGCACCUUGUCCAUGUCCUCUGAGGCAAGCUUGGGGGAGCCUGGACGCUCUGAUAGGACGGUUGCGUGCAGCUUUUGAGGAAAAUGGAGGAAAACCUGAAGCGAACCCUUUUGGAGCUCGUGCUGUGAGACUCUACCUUCGCGAGGUUCGUGAUCUGCAGUCGAAAGCAAGAGGAAUCAGUUACGAGAAGAAGAAAAGGAAGCGUCCACCACCUCAGCAACAACCCAUGCCACUGCCUCAUCAUCCUCUCCCUCCUCCAGGUGCAAGUGCAACUCACUAGAGGAAUUCAAUUCUCACGCCAUGCCGAAAAUUCUACUCUUUUUCUCUUCCUCCUCAACUGGGAUCUCUUAAUAAACUUUUAGAGUUAUGGUCUAAUUUAGUAUCACAACAUUUAGGGUUUUUUCUUUUUUUCUUCUUUGUCAAUUUUUUUCUUUUGUUUUUGUGAAAGCUGCUAUAUCUGGUCUAUAUAGACUGUUUGUCUUUGGAUCCUGUUUGUUCAGGGAGAAGAAAAAGUUUAAAAUUAAAUUCUGGGAUAUCAUGCAUCUGUGCUUAAAAAGCAGACAGUGCGGUACUGGUAGUAGACUGAUAGUGCGUGGGAAGUACUGAAAAGUGGAAGUGAGACUGUGAGAUGAGAUGAGAUGAGAGUGAAUGGAUAUACAUGGAAGCCAUGAUCCUUGUG